AUGUUGAUGACAUUUCGCUUAAUAACUCAAGUACUCCAAGUUCUUUUCGGCUAUCCGUCAGAUGACGCACCAACAUACUCUGCUGUCAUAGCUGUUAUCCUCGUGCAUGUGCUUCUUUGUUUUUGGCUUUUCACAGCAAGUAAAGAGGAAGACGAGGAGCGAGCAAGGAAGCGGACAACGCGGAAUUUAUGGAGGCACUCCACGAGGAGGAGGAAAGCGAUGAAGAAGGUGCAGCCCUGGGGAGGGAAAUUGGAAGAUUGGAAGCUGAGCUAA